GCCGCCAUGUUGGGUUUGGAGCCGCAGCGGAGCCGCCGCCGCCGCCGCGGCUGACGAGGCCGAGCGCGGAGCCCGGGGCCCGCGCCCGCGCCCGCGCCCGCUCCGGGGCCCAGGGAGCGGGGGCCCGUCGGAGUCCGUCGGAGCCCGAGUGGCCGUCCUCCGUGCGAGCGAGCCAGCCAGCGAGCCAGCGAGCCGCCGGGGCCCCCGGCCGCGCCCUCUGCCGCCGGCCGAGCGAGCCGCGGAGCCCCCGAGAGGCAGCACCAUGGCGGAACAGACCUAUUCGUGGGCCUAUUCCCUGGUGGACUCCAGUCAAGUGUCGACAUUUCUGAUAUCCAUUCUUCUUAUAGUCUAUGGUAGUUUCAGGUCUCUUAAUAUGGACUUUGAAAAUCAAGAUAAGGAGAAAGACAGCAGCAGUUCUUCUGGCUCUUUCAACGGCAACAGCACCAAUAACAGUAUCCAGACCAUUGAUUCCACCCAAGCUCUGUUCCUCCCGAUUGGAGCAUCUGUCUCUCUCCUCGUCAUGUUCUUCUUCUUUGAUUCAGUUCAAGUCGUUUUCACGAUAUGUACAGCAGUUCUUGCUACAAUAGCUUUUGCUUUUCUUCUUCUCCCGAUGUGCCAGUAUUUAACAAGGCCCUGCUCACCUCAGAACAAGAUUUCCUUCGGUUGCUGUGGGCGUUUCACUGCUGCUGAGCUGCUGUCCUUCUCCCUGUCUGUCAUGCUUGUCCUCAUCUGGGUUCUCACUGGCCACUGGCUUCUCAUGGACGCUCUGGCCAUGGGUCUCUGUGUUGCCAUGAUCGCCUUCGUCCGCCUGCCAAGCCUCAAGGUCUCCUGCCUGCUUCUCUCAGGGCUUCUCAUCUACGAUGUCUUCUGGGUGUUCUUCUCAGCCUACAUCUUCAACAGCAAUGUCAUGGUGAAAGUGGCCACACAGCCAGCUGACAAUCCCCUCGACGUUCUGUCCCGGAAGCUCCACCUGGGACCCAAUGUGGGGCGUGAUGUUCCUCGCCUGUCUUUGCCUGGAAAAUUGGUCUUCCCAAGCUCCACUGGAAGUCACUUCUCUAUGCUGGGCAUUGGGGACAUUGUGAUGCCUGGCCUUCUGUUAUGCUUUGUUCUUCGCUAUGACAACUACAAGAAACAAGCCAGUGGCGACUCGUGUGGGGCCCCUGGCCCCGCCAAUAUCUCUGGGCGCAUGCAGAAGGUCUCCUACUUCCACUGCACCCUCAUCGGGUACUUUGUAGGUCUGCUCACUGCGACUGUGGCGUCUCGCAUCCACCGAGCUGCCCAGCCAGCUCUCCUCUACUUGGUGCCAUUUACUCUGUUGCCGCUCCUCACCAUGGCCUACCUAAAGGGUGAUUUACGGAGGAUGUGGUCUGAGCCCUUCCACUCCAAGUCCAGCAGCUCCCGGUUCCUGGAAGUAUGAUGACGUGGGAGAGGUGACCAGAGCGCUGUCCUCGCCGUCCUCUCUCACCGCCUGCUCAUGGAACUACAGUGUGACUGGAGUUUGUCUGAGGGGAGCGUUCGCAGAGGGCACUGGAGCCCUGCACAGCCCUUCUCUUCUCCGCUCUGGGAGAGUGGACCCUUCCAGAAGGGGCAGGCCGGCCCUCAGCCCGGCCCUCCUUCCUCACGUUUUUAUGGAUCUGCACCAGACUGUUCACUUGCGGGGUGAUGGAGAAGAUGACUUAUUUAAAAACUACAAAGAGCAAGUUGUUGUUCUAGAACUUUGAACACUAAACAGACGAAGAUCAAUUAGCAAACCGAAGUCUCCAGUGAACCCUCCAAAAACUUUGGGACCAGUUUCCUCUGGGGGCUCCAUUUCAGAGACCUAGGGCAGAACUUCUGUCCUCCUAUUUUUUUCUUUUUUCUUUUGGAUUUAUUAAAUAUUUUCUGUGGUGUGAAGUGACUUAUUAAAUCCACAGACAUUAAAUGACUCCUUACAACAUACACAUAAGAAUUUGUUGUAAUGACUAUGUCCAGCCGUGUUGGCAGUGAGCAGGACACGGUUGGUUUAUACAUACGUACAUAUAUAUAUUUAAAUAUAUAUAUAUGUGCACAUAGAUAUCUAUGAGUAAACAGCGACUAAACCUGCUAAGGUCACACCGUGCAGCCGCUGGGGGCUUGCUGUCAUGUGAGCAUGUAGAACAGUUUACCGUGGCUUCCUCGCACACGCUGCUGUCUCCCGUGAGAGUCGCGUGCGGUUGUAAGCUGGGGAUACGCUGAGCUGAUAGACUCGUGGGCCGUGGGGACUCCUCCUUUUUUUGAUCAGUGUAGCAAAUUAGGGAUGAAAAGUUUGAACUUUUUGACCCUUUUCUUUUUACAGGCUUCUCCCUCGCAGUUUUUAGUAACCGCCUCUUGAAACAGUGCAUGUAUUAUAGCAGCCGGUGUCUUUGUGCUUUCUGAUCAUAGUAAUGUACUACCUGUAAAUACAUUUUUCUAUUUUAUA